GACCUGUCUAUGCUUUUGACGCGGACGCGCGCACGUGCGCGUGCACGUGCACAGAGGGCGGAAAUGCAGCGGAUGUCGGUGAUUUUGAAGCGGAGCUGCAGGAUCUCAGCUCUGCUGGGCUCGUGAUGGGGAAGCAUUUCUUCAGUGAGACGGACAUCAAGAGUGUGUGGGAGCAGGUGUCCACGGCCUUCUGGCAGAGAUACCCCAACCCAUACAGCACUCAUGUUCUGACGGAAGACGUGGUUUUUCGCGAGGUGACGUCAGAUAACCUGCUCCUGUCCCGCCGGCUCUUCACGAAGACCAAUCGCAUGCCUCGCUGGGCGGAGCGCGUCUUCCCGGGAAACCUGUCGCGUUCGGUUUACAUCAUCGAGGACUCCGUCGUCGACCCCGCAAACAGAAGCCUCACCACGAUGACCUGGAACAUAAAUCAUGCCACGUUUAUGCGUGUCGUGGAGCGCUGUGUGUUUCUCGGCGAGCGGGACCGGCCUGUCUGGACUCGGAUCACCAGGGAAGCCUGGAUCUCAUCAGGAGUCUUCGGCCUCUCCAGACCCAUACAGGAGUUUGGUUUGGCCCGGUUCAGGAGUAACCAGGCGAAAGCUAUGAAGGGUUUGGAGCACGCGCUGUCAAAUCUACAGAAAGCUUCGACCGCAGGUCACGGAGAUCCUGCAGAGAAACACAAAACCCUGAACUCUGCCUCCAAAACCCAGAAACCCCAGCAAUACAUAUGAUCCACAUGAACAGCGAUGAGGCCUGCCGGCUCACACACAGAUUGAUGGAUGCCCAAUCUUAACACACUUUUUCCACAAUUCAAAUUUGGAAGGAAAGUGCACUAGCAUAUUUUGGAUUGCUUCAAUACAUCAUUUUUUGACGAUUGUAUUGUAAUUAUUGACGAUUUGUACGGUCGUCAUCAAUGCGUCACUUGUUGGAAAAGAACCUUCUCUUUUUCUUUACGUGGCCCUCAUCAGUUUUUAUGUAAUUAUCUGGAUGAUUAUUUAUUUAUACACUUUUUAUUCAUAAGUAUGCAGUUUCAUAACCACAUCUCUGACGUUUA